UCGUGUAUUUUGGAUUCGCGUUCGGUGCUACUGGCCUCUCUUAUUUUAAAGCGCUGAUGUCCCUUUUUCUAACUCAUGCAUCCUUUUCACUGCAUUUCUUUAGAGAUUCUUCUUGGAACAAACUUGCAGGAAUCAUUGGAGUGAAGCUCUCAUCUCUUGAUGUUCCUCUCUGCCUGUCCCUUUCUUCCCAAUUGUGUAGCAUAAUAGGAGAGAUGGAUCAGCGCAGGUCUUUGGUCGAGAUUUGCAUCUUUGUUUAUGAUUCGUCCAUGGAGUCGUGGUCUAUUCUUGUGAACUAGAGUAAGAUACAAGCAGCGGCAAAGCUGGAGUGUAUCCCCCCUGUGCUCUCUUCUUCUCCUUGCCAAUCUUCUGCUAGCAAAGUGGCCGUUUUUUUGCAAUCUUUGGAGUUUUGCUACCCCCACCGUCGGUUCCUCGCAGCGUUUAACUCUACUCAUUAAUUGACUAUAUCCCGUUUUAAUUCACUGCAAUCAAUCAGUUUGGUCCGAGGAGGAAGAUAAGAUAAGAGGGAGGGUUCUUGAGUUGCUCUUGUUGAUUCAAUGGGCGAGAUGAACCAGCCGCCGCCGCCGCCGGUGGGCGUGCCUCCGCCGAUGGGGAUGGGGAUGGGGAUGCAGCCCAUGAUGAACCCACCGGUCGGCGCAGGAGCCAUGCACCCGCCCCACGAGCAGUUCCACCAUCUCGCCUACUGCGUCCACUCCAAUCCUUCUUGGGUUCAGGUGGCGGGGCUCGCGUUCCUCCACUAUCUUGUAAUGUUGGGCUCUACCGUCAUGCUCGCGUCAACUAUUGUUCCUGCAAUGGGUGGUACUCCUGGUGAUAAGGCUCGUGUUAUUCAGUCGUUCCUGUUUAUGAGUGGCAUCAAUACUCUGCUCCAAACACUUGUUGGGACACGACUUCCAACAAUUAUGAAUGCUUCCUUUGCAUUUGUUAUCCCAGUGUUGUCAAUAGCCAAAGAGGUUGAGUCACAAGAUUUAGUAGAUAAUCAUGAGAGAUUUCGUCACACAAUGAGAACAAUUCAAGGGGCUCUAAUUGUUUCUUCUAUCCUAAACAUGAUUCUUGGAUUCAGCAGAGUGUGGGGGGCAUAUGCCAAGAAGUUCAGUCCUGUAAUAAUGACCCCUGUUGUUUGCGUCGUUGGUCUUGGACUAUUUCAGAUUGGCUUUCCUCAGGUCGGAAAAUGUGUGGAGAUUGGGUUGCCAAUGCUAAUCCUUGCGAUUGUUGUGCAACAGUAUGUGCCACAUUACUUCAGGCAUAUGCAUGACCGAACAAGUUUCUUGUUUGAGAGGUAUUCGUUACUUCUCUGCAUCAGCAUUGUGUGGGCGUUUGCAGCUAUCCUUACUGCUGCUGGUGCAUACAACCGUGUUUCACUCAAGACACAGCAGCACUGCCGCACCGAUAAGUCUUUCCUUAUGUCAUCUGCACCAUGGAUCAAAAUUCCGUUCCCUUUUCAAUGGGGUAUGCCAAUCUUCACUGCAGGUCAUUCAUUUGGAAUGAUGGGUGCUGUCCUUGUUUCAGCUUUUGAGUCAACUGGUGCACACUUCGCAACUGCACGUCUAGCCGGCGCAACACCACCCCCAGCUCAUGUUCUUAGUCGAAGUAUUGGUUUGCAGGGCAUUGGGCAGUUCCUGGAAGGAAUGUUUGGCGCACCAGCUGGCUCAUCCGUAUCUGUCGAAAACAUUGGGUUACUUGGAUUAACAAAAGUUGGCAGUAGGAGAGUGAUCCAGAUAUCAACUGGCUUUAUGAUAUUCUUCUCCAUAUUUGGGAAAUUUGGUGCCUUCUUUGCAUCAAUUCCAUUGCCAAUCUUUGCAGCAAUUUACUGCAUCUUAUUUGGUAUUGUAGCUGCUGUGGGAGUUUCGUUCGGGCAAUUUCAAAAUAAUAAUUCAAUAAGGAACAUCUACAUCAUUGGAUUGUCCUUGUUCCUUGGCAUCUCGAUCCCUCAAUAUUUCUCUGAGUAUACCGCUUCAGCAGGCCGUGGACCUGCCCAUACAAAUGCAGGAUGGUUCAAUGACAUCAUAAACACAGUCUUUGGUUCUGGCCCAACGGUGGCGCUGAUCGUCGCGUCUGGUCUGGACAACACAUUGGAGGUCCGGGGCCACGAGGCUGACCGAGGGCUCUCAUGGUUCAUACCAUUUCUCCGCCGACGGAAAGGGUACUCGGAUCCUCGAAACGAGGAGUUCUACAGCUACCCAAUCAGGGUCCAUGACUUCAUCCCAAGCCGAUUUCUCUGAUUCUAGAAGAUGGGGCACUGUUAACUACCUUGUGCUGCUGUGCAUGUAAAUCCCUUUGUUCUUUGUAGCCUUUACUCCUGUGACCUGUAGUGAUUGGUGCGGUCAUAGAGUCGACUUAGUGGGAUAUGGUACAAGCAUGUUUAGGACAUCCGCCUUACCUUUUUUCCUUCGCUGUUUGGGCUAAGGAGAUGGUUACAUGGUGACCUAGAGUUUUAUUGUCCGGGUGUAUGUUACUGGGAAAAGAAAUGCAAAAGGUAGUGCCUCAAUUAUUAA